AUGUUCCGCCCACCCGUCAACCGCGCGAUGAAGACGCUCGACCGAUCGUUCUUCCGCAAAACCGUGUCCAUCGCCGCCGCGAAGAUCUUCGAGAAGUCGCAAAUUUCAAAUGUCCGACAAGCGCUCGGCAAGAACCGCGAUCUACUGGUUCUACCCCGCCUCAACGUUGUGCGCGAUUUCAAGGAACAAGAUGGGGCAGUCCGCAAAGGCCUUUUGCUACGGGAGGAUGUCAAAGCUGAUGACAAGACGACUUGGUCGCCGGUGAUUAACGAGCUCGUUGAGAAGGGUGCUGUGGACGUGGCUCCGUAUGAUCUGGAGUUGGAGUAUGACUACUGGAGCUAUGCCGAGAUUGCCAGCGCGAUUCUCCCAGAGGAAAUGGAAGAGGUCCCCCAAGGGUUCACACAGGUGGGGCAUGUCUUGCACUUGAACCUCCGAGAGCAUUGGCUCCCAUAUAGACAUAUCAUUGCCGAGCUUUUGAUGGACAAAAACCCCUCCAUCCGCACUGUGAUCAACAAAACCGAAGAUGUCGGCUCGCACAGCCAAUUCCGCACAUUCCCCUUCGAACUGCUUGCCGGUGAUAACGACUUGAACGUCAUUCAGCACGAACAAGAUUGCGAGUUCCGAUUCGAUUAUUCCCGCGUCUACUGGAACAGCCGCCUGGAGACCGAGCACCGCCGGCUUGUAGAGAAGUUCGGGCCUGGCCAGAUGGUUUGCGAUGUGAUGGCAGGCGUUGGUCCCUUCGCCGUGCCUGCUGGACGGAAGCGGAUCUUUGUCUGGGCUAAUGACUUGAACCCCCAUGGUUACGAAGUGAUGCAGGAUGCGACCAAGCGCAACAAGGUUCAAGACUUUGUCACCCCAUUCAAUAAGGAUGGACGCGAGUUCAUCCGUUUCGCGGCGAAAUCGCUCCUCGAGACUGAUCCCAUGACUGUCACCAUCCAGCCCAAGCCCAAGGGAAGGAAGGAUAAGAAGAGCAAGGGCAACGAUGGCACGGCGAUUAAGCAGGAUCCGCCGCAAAAAUAUAUCCGCCCGCAGUUUGUUGACCACUACGUCAUGAACCUGCCCGCGACCGCCAUCGAGUUCCUGGAUGCGUUCCAGGGUCUCUACACUGGCAAGGAGGAACUUUUCACACCCAAUACCUCUCAGACUCUUCCGAUGGUGCACGUCUACUGCUUCUCGGGCAACUCCGAUAACGAGGUGGAUGACCACAAGGAUAUCUGCGAGCGGGUAUCGGAGCGCAUUGGAUUCACCAUCACUCCCGAGGACCGGGUGGGUGGCACUGGCAACCCAGCGAUUGAACUCGAUAUCUUCAAUGUCCGACUUGUCAGUCCCAAGAAGCAGAUGUUCUGCGCGAGCUUCCGUCUCCCUCCUGAGGUCGCCUUUCGCAAGGUUUAG